AUGGACCAGGCAACUCGCCCCCAAAAGCCAUCCAAGGCAGGUGAACGAGUCUUCAAGACAAAGACUUGCAACAUCCCCAGUCUCACCGAGCUCCGCAAGUCGCUCGGUUACGGGCACAGAGGGGAAGAGCAAGAUAUCGCCUUCAAGAGAGCCCUCACAGCCCAAGUUGAAACCUUUGUUUCCAGAGACAACCUCCCCGGUGUCAGCUUCACAAAGUGGAAGACACCUGCCCACCAGAAAGGCCUGCGGGAGAUAACCAAGGACUUCCUUGCUAUCAAACAAAAAGGUCCUGAAUUCUGGCCCAACGACCCCAACUCGUCCAACAGGCGGCCUCUCGAGUACCCAAGAGACUACGAAGAGAUACAUCGUCUCUUGACAAAAGUGUUUUACCGCACCGCUCAGGAGCACAAGCGGAAACAAUCCACGCCCUUAACUCCCAAAGAGUCGACUGAGAAACCCAAGUCUACCUUCACUAAGCAACGUCAUCCAAAAACGACCUCGGGCGAACAAAGUUCGCGACGAGCCUGCCCAGAUUCCAGGGGCCAAAGCGCCGACGACCCCAUCGAGCUUGACAACAUGCAGUCUACAAGAAAUGUUUCCGGACCAUCUGCGGACGUCAACCCCUCUGCAGAACCGUCCCGGAGGUUCGCCCGUGAGUUUUUUAUGCCCCCUGAACUACCAGAUGGCAUCCCCCCUGAGGAAGGGCCUAUCGGUCGACCAUGGGAAACACGAGAUGAUUUUCUCGAUCCUCACGUCCCUCGAAAUAACAAUACAACUUCAAACAUCCCUUCCCAUGCUGCAACUGCUGAGGAUCCCUAUCAAGAGCCCGACAGCCCGACCGAAGACACCCAUGUUCCUCGAGAUCGCGGGAAACGACCGGCACAAGGGGACUACUCAAUUCAAGAUGUUCGCCCGGCCAAAGUCCUCCGACAAGCACGAGACAACAUAGAAGUCGGGCCUGGAUCAUCAACCAGGGGCCCGUCUUCCAAUAACUCAUGUGCCAACGCACCUUCUGCCAAUAACUCGUCUUCCAGUUUUGCUCCCACCAGAAUCCCUUCCCAAAAUGUUCCAUCGGUCGAUCCCCCUUCUGCUGCACCCCGGCCCGUCAGGAAAAGGGUUCGGAUCCAUCACGAGCAAACCCGAGCCUCAAGUCGGAUCCGGAACCAAACUCAGCACCCGAAUUUCGCGGACGAGCAGACCUCGCGUAGGGCUAUUCUCACGUCUUCUUCGGAAGAUGAAGAAGAACAAGAAAAUGAAAGAGAUGAUGGGCUCCGAGAACCGCCACGCCCUACAGACAAUGUCCCCAACGACACAUCUCGUCAUGAGAAUCCCUCUACAACUGCGCCUCGUGGUAACGCUACAGCGCCAGCAGCAGAGAAAUCAUCGUCAAAGCCCCGUAAAAAUGCCGCCAAGAAACAGGCUUCGACCAAGAAAACCUCCAAGCCCAGAGCACCCAGGUCUAACGCGAAGCGUGGUCCGGCGCAAGAAUCCCCAGCCGGGCCCAGCACCCAGCGCAACUCUACGCAGCAGCAGGCCAAUGGCAGUUCGACAUCUGGGUCAGGAACUCGUCAGUCUCAAACAGGCCAGCCCCAGACCGAGCAGAACCAGCCAGCUCGUAACAACACCGCGCCAAGUGCGGAAGAAAGACAAGUUAUUGAUUCUUCAUCCUUCUUCUUCCUCAGACACGACGACAGAGCGUACAUGCCCUGGACGCCCGCAGCCAACGCGUUGCAGAUCUUGUUCCAGAUGUCCCUCUCCGAGCUCAUGCAGGAUCUAGGAUGGGACAAUGCCCAAACGCUCUACAUGAAGCUCGAUGACAGCGCCAAACUCCUUGAUGAUCCAUAUGCAGCGAACUUUAAUCCAGGCGAUAAUGACAUGUUCAAUGAAAUGAGGCGCGUCUGGGUUGGGGAGAUGCAACGGUGCUACCAGCGCACCACAGAGCCAAACUUGAAGUUUACACUGCACUUCAAGAAAAAGAAGGCGUAA